AAGCAAAAUAUCUGUGCAAUAUAUAUUCAUGUGCUGGAGCAAGGAGGAAGUCCACAAGGAUUCACCAGUCUCCUGAUCUCAACAGAACACAGAAACAACAUGAGCACAGCAGGAAAAGUAAUAAAAUGCAAAGCAGCUGUGCUAUGGGAGCUAAAGAAACCAUUUUCCAUUGAGGAGGUAGAGGUAGCACCUCCUAAGGCCCAUGAAGUUCGUAUUAAGAUGGUGGCCUCAGGAGUAUGUCGCACAGAUGACCAUGUGGUUACUGGAAACAUGGUCUCACCUCUCCCUGUGAUUGUAGGCCAUGAGGCAGCGGGCAUCGUGGAGAGCAUUGGAGAAGGGGUGACAUCAGUAAAACCAGGUGACAAAGUCAUCCCGCUCUUUAAUCCCCAAUGUGGAAAAUGUAGAAUUUGUAAACACCCGGAAAGCAACCUCUGCUUGAAAAACGAUCUAAGCAAUCCUCGUGGGACCAUGCAGGAUGGCACCACCAGGUUCACCUGCAGGGGGAAGCCCGUCCAUCACUUCCUAACUACCAGUUCCUACUCUCAGUACACAGUGGUGGAUGAGAUUGCAGUCGUCAAAAUUGAUGCAGCCUCACCACUGGAGAAAGUCUGCCUCAUUGGCUGUGGAUUUUCAACUGGUUAUGGGUCUGCCAUCAAAGUUGCCAAGGUCACCCCAGGCUCUACCUGUGCUGUGUUUGGCCUGGGAGGAGUGGGUCUGUCCACUAUCAUGGGCUGUAAAGCAGCCCGAGCAUCCAGGAUCAUUGCAGUGGACAUCAACAAGGACAAAUUUGCAAAGGCCAGAGAGGUAGGGGCCACUGAGUGCAUCAACCCUCAAGACUACAAGAAACCCAUCCAGGAUGUGCUAAAGGAAAUGACCGAUGGAGGUGUGGAUUUUUCCUUUGAGGUCAUUGGUCGGCUUGACACCAUGCUGGCUGCCCUUUUAUGCUGCCACUACUCAUGUGGCACAAGUGUCAUUGUAGGGGUACCUCCAGAUUCCCAAGACCUCUCAAUACACCCUGGACUGCUAUUGACUGGACGCACCUGGAAAGGAGCAGUUUUUGGUGGAUUUAAGAGUAAAGAUGAUAUUCCCAAACUCGUUGCUGAUUUUAUGGCUAAGAAGUUUUCUCUGGAUCCAUUAAUAACCCAUGUUUUACCUUUUGAAAAAAUAAAUGAAGGAUUUGACCUGCUGCGUUCUGGAAAGAGUAUCCGCACCAUCCUGACAUUUUGAGACCAUACAGAUGUCUGCCCUUGUGGCAUCUUCUGCCUCCUGCAUCCUGUGUCACGUGGAACACCAACUGGUCAACCUCAUGAACUCUAUUCUUCAGAGAUGCCAUCAAUCGAUCAAUCAAUCAAUUAAUCAAUAACAUGCAUAACAUAGGGGCUUUCCAGAAGAAACCAAUGUUGAUGUGAAAUCAUUUUCAUUCAAACAUUA